CGGCCGCCCGCCGGAGUGAUCACUGCGCAGGAGCGGCAGCGACGACACCACUCACGCGCGCACGCAGGGCAGGGCUGCCCAAGCCCAGCAAGAGCUUAGACUUGGCCAGAGAGGGCAGCGUCCCCACGACGCGUCGGACCCAUGGACGGCGCCGACGAGGAGACCAAGGAGGAGCCCCACUGGGAGUUGGAUGAUAAGGCGCGAGCCUUAGCCAAGCAGCAAGAAAUACAAGAGAGAGAGGCCGACGAGCAAAGGAGACAACAAGAACUGAUCUCCGCCUACGCGCACUCCGUAGCUAGAGAUGCGGCGAACAAUAAUAAAGAUGACUGGUCCGAGCUACGUACAGAAGAUGUGGAAGAAGAGGGUACCGUGGUAGAUUCUCUGAGUUCCUACUUGUUCGGGAGUACUCCAGUGCAACCGGAGUCCCCGAAGGACCAACUCAUCAGAGACGCCAUCCUCGACGAGAACACGGUCGUCGACGACGAUGAAUUAGAACGCCAGAAGCAGGAGUCGGCCUUAAGGCACUGGAAGAAUUACGACCUCGAAACGUCCCUGAAACCGCAGCUCGUGCCGGAGAGAGAAUACUUGGCUGCCCUCAAGAUUUGUAGGGCCUGUAGGAUCUUCAACCAACGUAGAGAAGCGGCUCGACGGCAACAGAGCGUAGGCAACAUCGCUAUUUGUAGUAGAGAAGCGACAAAAAUAAAACGCGCGUGGCGGGGCGGGAAGGGCAGAAGAGCCAUGCGCGACGCCAAACAAGCCUCAUUUGAAGAUGAAAAAGAUUGGAAGUCCUACGAGGACUUCCGGGCGACCCUACUGGGUCCCGGGUAUACGUUAUCGCGAUGGUCGCAUAGUAAAAAAACUCUGGUACCCUGUAACAUCACGGUCUCGAAGGAUAGAGAUUGGCUGCUCAUGAAGCAGCCGAACCGCAAGACGAAGAAGCGGCGCCUGAAGGAUAUUCAUACCAUCGCGAAGGGCUACAAGUCGCCGUUUCUCCGAGAUCUGUUACAUCAGCCCAAAGAAGAUCUUGUGUUGACGUUGAUGCUGCGGCGGAUUAAGGUACUACCGUUGGGCCUGGGCGAGGAGGUUGUGGAAGAUUCGCUGGACUUUUUGUUCGAGGUGCCGGCCUCGAUGCGCGCGGCGCGGCGUCCGAAGUCAUGCGACUCGCGUCCGAAUUCACUCAAUAUCGAAAAAGAGACCGGCCACGACCUCGUCUGGUGGACACGAGUCGCGUCGACGGCGUAAUGAGCGUCUCCGCGCGCAGGCAAGGGCAACUCCGAGAUGGUCAACGACGGGAAAUUUAUUUGCAAGCGCUUCUUCUCGAACUUUGAAAAAUUAAAAAGAGAAGUAGAAAGCGAGGAGGCCUUCUUCUUCAACGACGACGGCGUCUACUGCCAGGUGGGGACGUCGAUCUUUGAUCGGUGGGAACAAGUCACACUAAUUGAUCCCGAAUGGGACAAGGCGAUCGACGACGACGAGAAGCGCGUGCGCCUCCAUAGGAAAUACGAGGCCGAACGCUUAGCCCAGCAAGCGCCGACGAAGGCGCCGAAGCAUUGUUAUCUCCCGGCGCCGAUCCCCGAAGGUCGCAAACCUCAAGAUGAUUUGAAGUACGUCUACCUCUCGACCGACGAGGACGGGAAGGAGUGCAAGGCGACGUGGCACAGUCGCACGGUCGAGAUCGACUACGGCGAGUUCAAGGAGAAGGAACUUAAAAGAAGACAGCAGCACGACCCGUCCGUCGAGAUCGUGACGGUCUACCGGAAGGAGGUGUUCACGCUCCAAGCUUGUGGAUGUAUAGAUGAGGACGACCCCGAGUCGGAGAUAGUGCCGUUGUACGGGCGCCAUCGGAAACAUCUACGCAUCGAGGACGACGAUCCUGUACCGGCGCCGUUCGACGACCUGUUACCGUACUUCCGGAACAAGCUCCAGGACGUGUACGGCGACAUCGGCGUCGGCGGCUGGCGGAACACCUUCGACGGGACCUUUGAGUUGGAAGAUGACUGCUGGCGGGAACUUUGUAAAUUGUGCGAGAAGGGGUCGAGGGAACAGAAGUCGGCGGGCCGGAAAUUGCUCCACGCUCUAGAUGGGCGAAGCGCCGAGACGGACGACGAGGGCGACACGCCCAGUGGCUUUGCGGCCUGGCGGUCGUUUUCAUUCUCCUCAUUCAGUCCAAGAGCUCGCAAAGACACCUCUACCUCUAUCGAGACCACGACGACAGCUUCCGAAGAUGAGGAUAAACCUCGAGUAGAAGUAGAUGAAGCGUUGCGGAAGAAGCGGGAGCAGGCCGUGUUGGAUGCGCUCUGGAAGAAGAAGGAUCAAAAAGAGGGCACGAUGUGGCGGAAGUCGGAACGCGGCGUCCCCUUACGCCAUCGACGCGACUCGUCACGGCCCGGGACGCGUCGACGGCGUCCCGAGACACUUAUAUACAACACAGGUCGCCGCGGAGCUUCAACACGGCGCAGAAGAAGGCCCUCGAGAAGGAGAAAAGGGACUUGGAAAAAGAAGCGCAGAAACGCAUCGCCGAGGAGAAGGCCAAGGAGGAGGCGCGUGCGCGGCGUCCCGUCGUGUAGAGUCACGCCCUCAACUUGUGUCCAUCUCACGAUGACGUGGGUGGCCAUUCGGACCGCGUUGACGGAAACGCUCCGCGCAGGCGGCCGAGAAGGAACGACGAUUGGCUUUAGGUGAAGAUGAUAGCGAGGACGAGGCCACCGAAGCGAAGGAGGACGACGAGGCCAAGGAGGAGGCCCCAUCGGAGGAGAGCGACGAGGACGAGGCCAGGGGCGCGCCGACGCCCUUUUUUGAUGUAGUAGUGUUAGAAAGAUCACAAAAGCGGAAGCCCAAGAUUCCCCUCGGGAUAUCCGUGUCGGAGAUCAAGGACUUGAGUGGCAUCCAUUUUCGGAGGAUACGGCUCCACGGCGCGAAGGAGUGCGUGCCCAAGUGUUGUCUGAAGGUCGUCGAGGUUCAUGAGGACGCGUGUCCUUACUCGAUCUCGAACGCGUCGCAGAACGGCCUGUUGAGGACCGGUGAUUAUCUAGUUGGUGUCAACGACCACUAUCCGGACGACGUGGCUACCCUUGCUAAAUUAGCGGGGAAUUCCGUGCACCGACGCGUGC